GGGGUCGUCCUCUGGCAGGACGCCCUGGCCUCGCAGGACGGGGGUGGCCUCCCAGGUAGGGCUGCAGUCGCUAAGUCCGAGGCGGCUGGCUCACCUCACUGAGCCCGCCUGGACAUGGCGUCAGCGGUCGCCGCGGCCGGGGAACCACCAAAGAGUCAGGGCGAGCCUACCGCGAGCAGCCUCCGCUCGGGCCCACGUGCGGUUCCGCGUAGGCCGGCGGCGCAGGCCACUUCUGGCAGCGGUGCACCAUGGAACUUGCAGUUCGCGGGCAAAGGUUGCGUCCUGGGUGUGGCAGCCGCGCUGCAUGUUGGGAGCUGUAGGCGCCGCGUGGCAUGCUGGGGGCGCUAGGUACCGAAGGCAGAUGCGGUCCCUUUGGGCUCGCUUCUUCCGUCGCCACCACGAGUUUCGGGGGACCUUCGCCCCACGCUAUAAGAGCAGCCACUUCCGGAGCUAUUGGCCUUCGCCUGUGCCGCGGAAACUGCCUUGACGGGGCGGGGGGGGAAGUGUCAAUGGCUUCUCCUCCAUCGUCAUUGGCUGAGCGCCUCGUGACGCCAUUCUGAGGCGCCUCAUGCGGCGCCCCGCUCGGGUCCCGGAGGCUUCUGGGUAGCGGUUUACCCCCGCCCCUUGCGUCGGCGCCUUCCUUUUCCUCCCUGACACCGCUGAGCUCGCACGCGUGAGGCCUCUCCGCCGCCGCCGCAGACGCCGCCGCGAUGCGCUACGUCGCCUCCUACCUGCUGGCUGCCCUCGGGGGUAACUCCUCCCCCAGCGCCAAGGACAUCAAGAAGAUCUUGGACAGCGUGGGCAUCGAGGCGGACGACGACCGACUCAACAAGGUUAUUAGUGAGCUGAAUGGAAAAAACAUUGAAGACGUCAUUGCCCAGGGUAUUGGCAAGCUUGCCAGUGUACCUGCCGGUGGGGCUGUGGCCGUCUCCGCUGCCCCAGGCUCUGCAGCACCUGCUGCUGGUUCCGCGCCUGCUGCAGCAGAGGAGAAGAAAGAUGAGAAGAAGGAGGAGUCUGAAGAGUCAGACGAUGACAUGGGAUUUGGCCUCUUUGAUUAAAUUCCUGCUCCCCUGCAAAUAAAGCCUUUUACACAUAC